CCUCGUUGGAUCACCUUGACCACGGACGCUUCUCUGCUGGGCUGGGGGGCCCAUCUGGAGGACUAUCCAGUACAGGGUACUUGGAAUCCCCAGGAGAAAAUCCUCUCAUCCAACUGGAGAGAGCUGAGAGCGGUCAAACUAGCCCUCCUUCAUUUUGCUCCUCUCAUCCGCGGUCAGGCGGUGAGAGUCCGAACAGACAACACUACUGUGGUCGCUUACCUAAACAGACAGGGAGGGACGAAGUCCCUAACCCUCCUGAGGGAGGCGGGUUCUAUUCUUUCUUGGGCAGAGAUCAAUCUAUCCCACCUGAUGGCAGUCCAUAUCAGAGGGGAUCUCAAUGUACUGGCAGAUCGCCUGAGUCGGGGUCUACCAGUUCCAGGGGAGUGGUCCCUGAACGAGAACAUCUUCUCUAUGAUUGUCCAGCGGUGGGGCACGCCGGAAAUCGACCUGAUGGCUACCCGAUUGAACGCCAAGGUGAGCAGGUUCUGUUCCCUUUACAGGGAGGACAACCCGGUAGCGAUAGACGCUCUGUCCAUAACAUGGAGGUUCAGGCUGGCAUACAUCUUCCCUCCAAUUUCCAUGAUACCGAGGGUAUUGAUGAAGAUCAAACAAGACCAGACCUCGGUGGUUGCCAUCAUGCCAUUCUGGCCAAAGAGGUCUUGGUUCACCCAGCUCAUGAAGAUGAGUCAGGGCAAUUAUUGGAGACUUCCCCUAAUACAGGACCUUGUGUAUCAGGACACAGGUCCCUGUCUAGAUCUGAGGAGACUCAAUCUGACGGCCUGGAGAUUGACAGGUCCCUUCUAGAAGCUAGAGGGUUAUCUGUGGAGGUCCUGAGAACAAUCUCUCACUCCAGAGCGGAAUCUACAAGCAAGAAGUAUUCUAGAAUCUACAGAAUAUUCCUGCAAUGGUGCAAUAACAGAGAGGUAGUUGCCUCAGACCCUCCUCUCUCCGCUAUUCUACAAUUCCUACAGGAUGGUCUAGACAAGGGUCUAAGCCCAUCUACUAUCAGAGCUCACGUCUCUGCCUUAUCGGCAUGCCUUGGCAGACCGAUGUCUCAGGACCCCCUAAUCAAGAGGUUCCUGAAGGGAGCCGAAAGACUUAAACCCAGAGUCCUGAGACCAAUCCCACAGUGGGACUUAUCGGUGGUUCUAAAAGGGUUAUGUGUCCCCCCUUUUGAGCCUUUGAAUGAAGUGGACUUGAGGUUCCUAUCCCUAAAGAUCACAUUCUUACUGGCUAUCACAUCAGCUAAGAGAGUUGGGGAACUUCAGGCUCUGGGGGCUUCUGAGCCCUAUUUAAAAAUCCUUCAGGACAAGGUCCUGUUAAGGUUUUUACCAACCUUUUUACCAAAGGUUCCUACCUUUUCUAAUAUUAAUCAGACAAUAUGUCUGCCCACCUUUUCACCGGCUGCAACUUCUCCCGAGGAGGAAAGGCUCCGUACAUUGGACAUUUCAAGAGGUCUUAGAAUAUAUUUGGACAGAACAAGCGAUUUUAGAAGAUCGGAAAACCUCCUUCUGACCUAUACAGGGAAAAACAGGGGUCUGAAGGCCUCAAAACCCACGCUGAGUAGGUGGAUUAAAGAGGCAAUCCGUCUGGCUUUUCUGUCCCAAGAUUUGACGCCUCCUUCUUUCGUCUCCGCCCAUUCUACCAGGGCUGUAUCCACCUCUUAUGCGGAGAAGAAACUGAUUCCCCUGGAUCAGAUUUGUGCAGCCGCUUCUUGGAGUUCUCUGAACACCUUCAUUUCGCAUUACCGUCUAGAGUCUAGACAGACGGAGGGAAUGGCCUUUGGACAAUCCGUUUUAAGUGCCGCCCUCUCCUGAGAGGGGAGUAGGGAGCCCUCCCAAUUUGGGUGAGGUUCUUGCUACUUCCCCACUUGUGCUGCUGGUUAGGACGUAAGGGAAGCGUCAAUUUUGACGUAAAUUUGUUUUCCCUUAGUCCUAACAGCAGCACACAAAUUUCCCUCCCCUUGUAUGAUUUCUUUGUCAUUUACUUGUUAUAAAGCAACCCCGUCCAGUUGGGGCCGGGUUAUAUGGGGUAGGGGCUUAAUUGGCUAAUUGUUAAUUAAGAUACUUAGGCAGAAAUUUUUGUUCAUUAAAAUUCCGCCUGUCCUGACCAGCUUCACAGG